AUGUCCGGAUCCGACUCCGCUACUCCGAGUCUUCAACAUCGCCUUCGGUUCCUUGUCAAGUUCUUCCGGACUUUGACUCCACCGGCCUCCGGACCCUUCCGGACCUCUCUUCUCCUCCAUCUCUCAUUGGUUGAACACUCUCCCCAAUCUCCUGAGUUGAUUGACGAAAGCUUGCUAACACCUGGCAGCCUUCAUCUCACUCCUGACCCUAUUUGGACUACUGCUUCCUUCCAUUUUUGUCAUAUCCGUGCAUAUCCGACCCCGACCCGACUUCCGGACCUCCACCCUCUUCACCUCCGGAGUCAUAACCUACCGCUGCCGUUCCGACACUCACCUUCGGUCCUGGCAACACACCUCCUUCUUACCCCCCCACGCCACCUCUACUCCUCCUUCCUCUCCUACCCUAUCUCCGUCCGCUCCGAUACUCACCUCGGACCGAACAUCACCCCUCUCGCCACCCUCCUACUACUUCUCCACCCUCCUGUUCCGCUCCUCCUUCGCCCAACCUCCACCCCCCAUCAUCCUCCUACACUUCCCCCGUCCGCUCCAAUACUCACCUUUGGACCUGACAACCCUCCUCUCCGCCACUCCUUCCCCCUUACCUUUUCCCUCUCUCCUCCCUCUGGUACUCCUCCGCCACCCUUCCACCAAGUUACGACCUUCCACCGCUGUCCCGUACUUCCUACUCGGACACCGAUCUCCAUUGCAUUGGUGACCUCAUACUACGUAAACACCAUUGCCAAUAUCCCUCGGACUUUCAACCCCGCCUCCGUAACCUCCGUAACCUCCGCAACCCCCGAGCUUCGCGGAUCGCCUUCAGCACUUUCGCCGCCUGUAAUGUAUUUCUCGCGUUUACCCCUCAUCCCUAUUUGGACUACUGCUUCUUCCCAUUCUAGCCAGUUAGUCAUCAUCCCCACUUCUCCUCAUCCUCCUGCCCCUCUGGGCCUGCCCUCCCUACCUCCUUUCGGACGUAUCACAGGUCCUGCCUUAUGA